UUCAUUUAGAAGAACUAGCGGGUGUUUGGGUAACGCCGUUUUCAUUUAGAAUUCAAAGAACUCCAAGUUAACCAAAAUUACCCACUAAAAUACUGCUCCGCCUCAUCUGGGUUCAACAAGUCAGGUCUGAAGGCGCACUGUUUGACAGUUAUGGAAGUACAACGCUGCGGUGCGGUUCAACUUUCCCUCAGACAACAUUUCUUAGCUCCGUAAAACUGCAAAUUCUCACAAUGGCGUCUGUUUUGGAGGAUCCCACCCUAGAGAGACACUUCAGGGGACAUAAAGAUGCUGUGAUGUGUGCAGACUUCAAUCCAAACCGCAAACAACUGGCCUCAGGGUCAGUGGAUAAGAGCCUUAUGAUCUGGAAUCUGGCUCCAAAGGCAAGGGCUUUCCGCUUUGUCGGCCACCAAGACGUCAUCACUGGUGUGCACUUUUCCCCUUUUGGCAACCUGGUGGCCACGUCCUCACAGGACAGAACAGUCCGACUGUGGACGCCUUCCAUGAAAGGAGAGUCAACGGUGUUUAAGGCUCACACAGCCGCCGUACGCAGUGUUGCCUUCUCCCAUGAUGGCCAGAGACUGGUGACGGCAUCUGAUGACAAGUCGGUUAAAGUGUGGAGUGUUCACCGGCAGUGCUUUGUCUACUCCCUCAAUCAGCACACGAACUGGGUGCGCUGUGCCAGGUUUUCUCCAGAUGGGCGGCUCAUAGCGUCCUGUGGGGAUGACCGUUCCAUCCGACUUUGGGACACUUCCACCAAACACUGCAUUAACUGUUUCACUGAUUAUGGAGGAUCAGCAACAUUUGUUGAUUUCAACUCCAGUGGCACCUGUAUCGCAUCCUCAGGAGCUGACAGAACACUGAAGAUUUGGGAUCUACGGACCAACAAGCUGAUUCAGCAUUAUCAAGUUCAUAGUGCAGGAAUCAAUAGCAUUUCCUUCCACCCAUCCAACAACUACCUGAUCAGUGGCUCCAGUGACAGCACUAUUAAGAUCCUGGACUUGCUGGAGGGACGUCUCAUCUACACCCUCCACGGACACAAGGGUGCUGUACUCGCAGUAGCCUUUUCCAGGGCUGGAGAUCUCUUUGCCUCAGGUGGAGCUGAUGGUCAGGUGCUGAUGUGGAGGACAAACUUUGACACCAAACCCUACCAGGAUGUCUUACAACAGCAUAGCCGGAGGUCCACCCCUGAUCCCCCACCCCACCUGAGUGACAUCCAUCCCCGAGGACCCCACCUUCAUCACCCGCAGCCCUCAGCCAUACAAAUCAGUCCAACCGUGGCAGACACUCAAUCCACUGACCCGCACGUCAUAGAGCUUGGCCAAGCCGUUCACAGCACCAUGCUCUUAACAGGUCAGACACACUCGAUGACCACGCAGUCUGCCGCCAACAGUCGACACUCCGAUGGUUUGCCGACACGUAUUGUCACCACUUCAAGAGCGGGAGAAUGGAGAGAGGAUGAAAGUGCCAGUAGGACGGGUUCCACUGCUGGCAGCCAGGCUGGGGCAGACAGGGGAGGAAGAGGAAGGCGAGAAGACAAGGAAGAGGAAAGAGGGCAGACGCACCCACUGGAAGUCCCCUCUGGUCAUCCGUCGAGUUUGGACACCGUCCUGCGGCACAUUGUUCAACAGCUGGAUAUUCUCACGCAGACUGUUUCAGUGCUGGAGGAGCGUCUGACCCUGACUGAGGACAAGCUGAAGGAGUGUCUCCUACACCAGUCCCAGAUACUUAAGGAGGUGCGAGCAUCCGGAGAGAGCCGGAGGAUGGAAAGGGACGGGGUGGAGGGAUCACCUGUCCAUUUCACUUGAGAAUGACCUCACCCUCUCUGACUGCAGCACAAACGCACACUGAGCCAGACUGCCUCCAAGACUGCUGUGCGCGCGUGUGUGAAUGUACAUAUUUGUGUGUGAUAUAAAUGUCCACCACGGUGGUCUUUCUCAGGGGUCAGUGGGCUAGUCACAGUUUGGAUGGGCGCCAAAGUGAGUGUUUGUGUGUAACACCAAAAUGUUUUCUGUGUCCCUCUGCACCUCCUAUCCAGCUGUACAGCCAGCAGACAUUCCCUUUGUGAGUGUGUGUGUGUGUGUGUGUGUGUGGGUUAAUAUGGAUAUUGGAUCCAAUCUAGACAGCUGCAGCUAUGAAAACAGAUGGCGCUCCUCUGUUGUAAGACCCGUGUGUGUUUGUGUGCAUAAGAACAUUUUUCAUUGUAAUCUGUUUGCAUCUUUCCAUAAUGCCACGUAAAACCAACUUGUGCUACAUAUUGCCUCAAAUACACUUUGUCAUGUAAAUAUAAUUUAUAUUAAUAAAUACUCUUUUGCACUAA